AUGACGUUUCUAGACGGCCGUAGAAACUUCGCAGUGGUUCUUGAGCAAGGUCGAAGCAGAUAUAUAAGUGGGUGACGGCAGGUGCUACCGGUAAUGCAAAGUUUUGUGUUUUUCAUGUGAUUUGACGUUUCUUCGUCGUCGGAAGUGCAAGAAACAAGCUGUUUUUCGUUAAUACUGUUACCAGCAAAACAGACUCCCUGUUAAAAUACUUCAAAUCCACAUUGAAUGAUGUCAGUAAUCCCACUUAUGAUGGAUGAUAUGCGACAGUUUCGUCAUUCUCUGUUUGAUCAGAAUUUUGGACAUGGAAUAUUGCAUGGUCUCGCUCAUGCAACACCACGACGUUCUGCUGUUGGACCAUUGAAUUUUGGAUAUUACCAUCCUUUGCCCUAUCAGAGAAAUACUGUGUGUAAAAUUGAGGAUGAUAAAGAUUGUUUCAAGGUGAAUUUGGAUGUACAACAAUUUUCUCCUGAGGAAAUAACAGUGAAGAUGGUGGAUGACUUCAUUGUAAUUGAAGCAAAACAUGAAGAGCGACAGGAUGAACAUGGCUUCAUAUCACGCCAGUUCCAGCGACGUUACAAAUUGCCAUCUGCAGUCAGGCUUGACACUCUAAAGUCAAACUUGUCUUCUGAUGGCAUUCUUACCGUCACAGCGUCUCUGAAGCCCAUGCCUCUCCUGGCAGCCAGGGAACGUAUAAUCCCGAUCGUACUAACAAAUGCGCCGGCUGUGAGGGAACAUGUUCAUAAGGAUGAGAAGAAGGAGUGAAUGUCAGAAUUUUUGAGUCGAAUAAAGACCAGAUUAUUUUACUUUUUUCAUUUCAUGUAUUUAUCUUUAUUAAUGUUUUGUGUAUUAUUCAUAUAAUUGAUCUAUUUUGUAAAGUUGAUGUUAUGCACAUUGUAUUUGAGGGUUUGAUUUCUUCAGAACCCUGGUUUUGGAAACUUCUUGUAUAAUUUAUGUUAACUUCUUGUCAUCAGAAAUGUCUUGACGUGUCAUGGGGUUUGAUGUUUCCUCUUAUACAGAGUUGAGUCGGUAAUUUUCCCUCGUGAUGCAGCGAGAACAGAAUAGUCGCUGUGCAGGAUAUGAGUUUUUCAUUAUAGUUACAAAUAUUUCCUUUCGGGCGCUUACGCUGUGGAAGUGGGUCGUUUCGCCGAAGUCAGCCCUGAUGGAGGAUGUUGUCUGAGAUGUCGGUGACAUGGCCCAUGGCUUCAGAAAUAAAUAUCAAUGACUCGCCAUCAAAGCUGCUAACGAACAUACAUUUAUGUUCACUCCGAUAAAUGCAUAAAGUGAUUGGAGCAUUGAUGGUCAUUGUUUGUUAAUUGGGAGACAUUAAUCAGCAUUUAUUGCGUUAAUUUGUAGAGACUAUUUUGAAACUUGUGAUUAUCACGUACAAGCUGUUCCAGAAUAAUGAUAUUUGUUGUACAUGAUACCAAUAAAGUAAGAUUAAAUUUCCCAUCAUUUCCCUCCAAUACAGUGAAGUGUCAUUGUGGUUAACAAACAUUUAUGUAAUAAUUUGAAGUUGUAUUUUAAUGUAUUUACUUAUAAUAUAUUUCUACAUUGUGAUUGAAUAAUCAACGGAUGUGUGGUUCUGAUCUGUUUGAGGAAUUUGCGAUGUUUUUGUAAAUGCGGAUAAGUUUUGGUGACUAUGAGAAGGUCUGUUGUUCUGAAUUUGAUACAGCUUUUAUUUUAUAAAUUAAGAUCCAUGAAUGUUUAAUUUCAGUUGUGUAAGAACUGAUAUUUUAAUGGUGCUAUACAUUCAAGAAACUGUAAGACUGAACAUGGUUAAUAUUAUGGCGCAUCAAAUAAGACUGAAAAAAGACGAAGAUUGGACAUUGGGCUGAUUGAAAAUAAAACAUUUGAAAGCA